AUGUUUGAUGGUUUUGGAACGAUGAUGUUUGGAGCACCGGUACGUCCUUUUGAUUUGCAACUUCGGUGCUUCUCGGCAGCAUUUUAUGAAGGAGCGGAUACGAAGAAAAUAAAUGAGUUGAAUCAUGGUGGGAAG